CGGCGGCGGCGGCGGAGUCUUGGGUUGGUGUCUGCGCGCUGGUGUCUAAGGCCCAGGCUGAGGCCUCCGCGGUUGCCGGAGCACAGGCAGUGGAGAGGAUGACUGCUGCUGCCGUUCUCUCCUGAGAGAGAGCCGCCGCCACCUCCCCCUCCCCCGCAGGGCGGAGAGGAGCGGCCCGAGUCUGAGCGAUGGUGCCCGGCGAGGAGAACCAACUGGUCCCGAAAGAGGAUGUAUUUUGGAGAUGCAGACAAAAUAUCUUUGAUGAAAUGAAGAAGAAAUUUUUACAGAUAGAAAAUGCUGCUGAAGAACCUCGAGUCUUAUGUAUAAUACAAGAUACUACUAAUUCAAAGACAGUGAAUGAACGGAUCACUUUAAAUUUACCAGCUUCUACUCCACUCAGAAAGCUCUUUGAAGAUGUGGCCAACAAAGUAGGCUACAUAAAUGGAACCUUUGAUUUGGUGUGGGGAAAUGGAAUCAAUACUGCUGAUAUGGCUCCACUGGAUCAUACCAGUGACAAGUCUCUUCUUGAUGCUAAUUUUGAGCCAGGAAAGAAGAACUUUCUGCAUUUGACAGAUAAAGAUGGUGAACAGCCUCAAAUACUGCUGGAGGAUUCCAGCGUUGGGGAUGACAGUGUCCAUGACAGAUUUAUCGGUCCACUUCCAAGAGAAGGUUCUGUGGGCUCCACCAGUGAUUAUGUCAGCCAAACCUACUCCUAUUCAUCUAUUUUGAGUAAAUCAGAAACUGGAUAUGUGGGAUUAGUAAACCAAGCAAUGACUUGCUAUUUGAAUAGCCUUUUGCAAACACUAUUUAUGACUCCUGAAUUUAGGAAUGCAUUAUAUAAGUGGGAAUUUGAAGAAUCUGAAGAAGACCCAGUGACAAGUAUUCCAUACCAACUACAAAGGCUUUUUGUUUUGUUACAGACCAGCAAAAAAAGAGCAAUUGAAACCACAGAUGUUACAAGGAGCUUUGGAUGGGAUAGUAGUGAGGCUUGGCAGCAGCACGAUGUACAAGAACUGUGCAGAGUCAUGUUUGAUGCUUUGGAACAGAAAUGGAAACAAACGGAACAGGCUGAUCUUAUAAAUGAACUAUAUCAAGGCAAGCUGAAGGACUACGUGAGAUGUCUGGAAUGUGGAUAUGAGGGCUGGAGAAUCGACACAUACCUUGAUAUUCCAUUGGUCAUCCGACCUUAUGGGUCCAGCCAAGCAUUUGCUAGUGUGGAAGAAGCAUUGCAUGCGUUUAUUCAGCCAGAGAUCCUGGAUGGCCCAAAUCAAUAUUUUUGUGAACGUUGUAAGAAGAAGUGUGAUGCACGAAAGGGUCUUCGGUUUUUGCAUUUCCCUUAUCUGCUGACUUUACAAUUGAAAAGGUUUGAUUUUGAUUAUACAACCAUGCACAGGAUUAAAUUGAAUGAUCGAAUGACAUUUCCUGAAGAGCUAGAUAUGAGUACAUUUAUUGAUGUUGAAGAUGAGAAAUCUCCUCAGACUGAAAGUUGCACUGACAGUGGAGCAGAAAAUGAAGGCAGUUGUCACAGUGAUCAAAUGAGCAAUGAUUUCUCCAAUGAUGAUGGUGUUGAUGAAGGGAUCUGCCUUGAAAGCAAUAGUGGAACUGAAAAGAUUUCAAAACCUGGUCUUGAAAAGAAUUCUUUGAUCUAUGAGCUCUUCUCCGUUAUGGUUCACUCAGGGAGUGCUGCUGGCGGUCAUUACUAUGCUUGUAUAAAGUCGUUCAGUGAUGAGCAGUGGUACAGCUUCAAUGAUCAACAUGUCAGCAGGAUAACACAAGAGGACAUUAAGAAAACACACGGUGGAUCUUCGGGAAGCAGAGGCUAUUACUCCAGUGCUUUUGCAAGCUCCACAAAUGCAUAUAUGCUGAUAUAUCGACUGAAGGAUCCAGCAAGAAAUGCAAAAUUUCUAGAAGUGGAUGAAUAUCCAGAACAUAUUAAAAACUUGGUUCAGAGAGAAAGAGAAUUGGAAGAACAAGAAAAGAGACAACGAGAAAUUGAGCGCAAUACAUGCAAGAUAAAAUUGUUCUGUUUGCAUCCUGUGAAACAAGUAAUGAUGGAAAAUAAAUUGGAGGUCCAUAAGGAUAAGACAUUAAACGAAGCAGUAGAAAUGGCUUACAAGAUGAUGGAUUUGGAAGAGGUAAUACCCAUCGAUUGCUGUCGCCUUGUUAAAUAUGAUGAGUUUCAUGAUUAUCUGGAACGAUCAUAUGAAGGAGAAGAAGAUACACCAAUGGGACUUCUAUUAGGUGGAGUCAAAUCAACAUAUAUGUUUGAUCUGCUAUUGGAGACAAGAAAACCUGAUCAAGUUUUUCAGUCUUAUAAACCUGGAGAAGUGAUGGUGAAAGUUCAUGUUGUUGACCUAAAGGCAGAAUCUGUAGCUGCUCCUGUCACUGUUCGCGCUUACUUAAAUCAAACAGUUACAGAGUUCAAACAACUUAUUUCAAAGGCCGUCCAUUUACCUGCUGAAACAAUGAGAAUAGUGCUGGAACGCUGCUACAAUGAUUUACGUCUUCUCACUGUGCCCAGUAAAACCCUGAAGGCUGAAGGUUUUUUUAGAAGUAACAAGGUGUUUGUUGAAAGUUCUGAGACUUUGGAUUACCAGAUGGCCUUUACAGACUCUCAUUUGUGGAAACUCCUGGAUCGGCAUGCAAAUACAAUCAGAUUAUUUGUUUUGUUACCUGAACAAUCCCCAGGAUCUUAUUCCAAAAGGACAGCAUACCAGAAAGCUGGGGGUGAUUCUGGUAAUGUGGACGAUGACUGUGAAAGAGUCAAAGGACCUGUGGGGAGCUUAAAGUCUGUGGAAGCUAUUCUAGAAGAAAGCACUGAAAAACUCAAAAGCUUGUCGCUACAGCAGCAGCAAGAUGGAGAUAAUGGGGAUAGCAGCAAAAGUACUGAGACAAGUGACUUUGAAAACAUCGAAUCACCUCUCAAUGAGAGGGACUCUUCAGCAUCAGUGGAUAAUAGAGAACUUGAACAGCAUAUUCAGACUUCUGAUCCUGAAAAUUUUCAGUCUGAAGAACGAUCAGACUCAGACGUGAAUAAUGACAGGAGUACAAGUUCAGUGGACAGUGAUAUUCUUAGCUCCAGUCAUAGCAGUGAUACUUUGUGCAAUGCAGAUAAUGCUCAAAUCCCUUUGGCUAAUGGACUUGACUCUCAUAGCAUCACGAGUAGUAGAAGAACUAAAGCAAAUGAAGGGAAAAAAGAGACAUGGGAUACAGCAGAAGAAGACUCUGGAACUGAUAGUGAAUAUGAUGAGAGUGGCAAGAGUAGGGGAGAAAUACAGUACAUGUAUUUCAAAGCAGAACCCUAUGCUGCAGACGAAGGUUCUGGGGAAGGACAUAAAUGGUUGAUGGUACAUGUUGAUAAAAGAAUUACUCUGGCUGCUUUCAAACAACAUUUAGAGCCCUUUGUUGGAGUUUUGUCCUCUCACUUCAAGGUCUUUCGAGUGUAUGCCAGCAAUCAAGAGUUUGAGAGCGUCCGACUGAAUGAAACACUUUCAUCAUUUUCAGAUGACAAUAAGAUUACAAUUAGACUGGGGAGAGCGCUUAAAAAAGGAGAAUACAGAGUUAAAGUGUACCAGCUUCUAGUCAAUGAACAAGAGCCAUGCAAGUUUCUGCUAGAUGCUGUGUUUGCCAAAGGAAUGACUGUACGGCAAUCAAAAGAGGAAUUAAUUCCUCAACUCAGGGAGCAAUGUGGUUUAGAGCUCAGUAUUGACAGGUUUCGUCUAAGGAAAAAAACAUGGAAGAAUCCUGGCACUGUCUUUUUGGAUUACCAUAUUUAUGAAGAAGAUAUUAAUAUUUCCAGCAACUGGGAGGUUUUCCUGGAAGUUCUUGAUGGGGUGGAGAAAAUGAAAUCUAUGUCACAGCUUGCAGUUUUGUCGAGACGGUGGAAGCCUUCAGAGAUGAAGCUGGAGCCCUUCCAGGAGGUUGUGUUAGAAAGCAGUAGUGUGGAUGAGUUGCGAGAAAAGCUUUGUGAAAUCAGUGGAAUUCCUUUGGAAGAUAUUGAAUUUGCCAAGGGUAGAGGAACUUUUCCCUGUGAUAUUUCUGUCCUUGAUAUUCAUCAGGAUUUGGACUGGAAUCCUAAAGUUUCUACCCUGAAUGUCUGGCCUCUUUAUAUCUGUGAUGAUGGUGCAGUCAUAUUUUAUAGGGAUAAAACAGAAGAAUUAAUGGAGUUGACAGAUGAGCAAAGAAAUGAACUGAUGAAAAAAGAAAGCAGUCGACUCCAGAAGACAGGACAUCGUGUAACGUACUCACCUCGGAAAGAGAAAGCACUAAAGAUCUAUCUGGAUGGAGCACCAAAUAAAGAUCUGACUCAAGACUGACUCUGCUAGUGUAGCAUUUUCCCUGGGGGAUUUUUGGUUUUCAUUAGACGGUUCACUGCUACUGUGUAGUGCCAUUAUGGCCGGACAUGGUUAGGGGUAACCCAUGACACCAGCACUGAUUGGACGGCUCUUCACCAAUCAGAAGCUCAGUGCCCAAUGGGCCACUGUUUUGACUUGGAAUCAUGUUGUGCACUAUAGUCAAAUGUACUGUAAAGUGAAAAGGGAUGUGCAAAAAAAUAAAAACAAAAAGCAAAACCUGCUACUAGAAAAGGGGGAAGGGGGAUGAGUAAACGUCUUUUAUUGCGGACAAAUGUGCACAUAGCCGCUAGUAAAACUAGCCUCAAACAGGAUGCUCAUAGCUUAUUAAUAAAAGCUGUGCAAAGGCCAUGAAUGAAUGAAUUUUCUGUUUAUUUCACUGAUACACACAUUACCUCAUUGACAAUUUGGAAGUAAAUGCAACGUGUGUUGACUCUUGGAAAGCAGCAAAAGUAGGAGCUGAAGAAAGAUAUUCUUAGAACCAGCCGUAACCCAGUAAAGAAUUGUGAAGUUGUGUUUUUAUUUUGUUUCAUUUUUUGCAAAGUAUAAAGAACAUUAUUCUGGAACAUCAAAACGUUUCCCUUAGACCGCUCCCAGCAGGUGGCAGCUCAAAUUGCUGAAUAUUGUAAUUAUAACUGAUUGUACUUAAGUUAUGGAUGUAGAGAAUACGUUUCACUCAUUCAUUCAGCAUGUAAAUAAAAUUGAUCCUAUUAAGUUGUCAUAAUUGCAGUUCACCUAUUUCCCAUGGUUGUUCUUUUCACAUAUCAUUCAUGACGUACAUUUGUGUACAUUGAGAAGUAUAGCAGUGUGUAAAUGUACUCAGUGAGGUUCCUCAGUGCUGGGUCCCAUACGAUUGUAUUUGCCCUUGUUAAUGAGGUUUUUCUGUUCAGCGGCUUCAGUUUUCUUUCUUUUUGUACAUUUAUUUUUGAAGAUUUACUUCAAGUUUGAAUCUUCUAGAACCCUUGUAAGUCCCACUUUAAUUUUUGGAGUUGAUUUGUAGUUACAUGUAGUUUAACUUUGGGGAAACGUCUUAACAUCGUGUUGAAUAAACUUGCUAGUAAGUCAGGUCAUGCAUAGCACAGGCUGAUGCAGUCAACAUGAUUUCAUUGCAAAGUAUUAGAGUCGGCAAGUUUUUGCUUUGCUAAAUACAACUAUUCAAUGAACACAAUUAUACGUAAAUUUUGAAAAUGCCAUCUAAUUUAUAAAAAUCAAUAUAAAGGUUUUUGGUAAAACUUUUUCAUGCCAGAUGCUGUUUACAACAAUGAACAUGCCAAUAAAACAUUUGUUCGUUCUGUUGUGUUAUUUUAGUCAUUAAACUUUUGUGGAUGAAGAAUCUGGGUUAAGAAUAGAUUUGUUUUCUUUAAAUAUAACAUUUUAUAAUGUGUAUUGAAUAAUUAUUUGUAUGAUAAGGUAUGUUUACAGUGAAGUUCUCAUGAGAGAUGAAAAGAUGUUAAUAUUUAACUUUGGAGGAUCCUGUCGAUAUUUCAAAAUCAGAUUUUUACCCUUUUUUCCUUUUAAGAAAUAUGUAAUUAGAAAAUAGUAUUAGCAGAUGUUGGCUCUGCAGUUUGAAUAUAAUGAUUGAGAAUUCCACAUCUUAAAAGCCUCUUGGAAUCCACAAAGAAAAAAAUUUUCUAAGGUAUUUUUCUGGCUAAUUUUUAUUCCAUGUGAGCUAUGUAGCAUUCUGUGCAAUUUCAAAUACUGUUCUGAGUUUGCAUUAUUGGGAUUGGUGGUAUUCACAGGAAAACUGGAAGCAUUUGUGGUGAGUUGUCUUCCGGAUCACUUGGAUUUUCUGAUGUAACACGACAGCCCUUUGGUUCUGAUACAAGCCUGCUUACUUGGGACAUGGGGGUUAAUAAAUUGUGCUUCUGCCUUCAAGGACUGACUGUGGAGCAGAGGCCGAUUUGUAAACAAAAUGGGCUGUGGGCUUGUUUGGUUUGGUUUGGUUUAGUGUUCCUAUAAAAGAAAAUGGUAAAAUUCUUAUACCCACCAUUCA